UUCCCCCCUCCUUCCCUAACACAGACUCCCCCAUUAACUAACCUUUACUUCAAUCUACAACAUUCAACCAAUUUUUCCACCUCCCUUAUGGGCUUUCCGGUGGGUUGCACCGAAGUUUUCUUCCCCACCAUAUUCCUCCACCUCCUCUCCCUCCUCGACCUUCUCAAAUUCCUCAUCCUCUCCCUCUUCCGCCUCCUCGGCCUCCCCGAAUUUCUCCCCUCCGACAAUCUACCGCCUGAACUCCAAUUCCCCCUCAACCCUCCCCCGUCGGCCCUCCUCCUCCGCGAACUCCUCCCGGUGGUGAAAUUCUCCGAUCUGCCAAACCCGCCAGAGAGAUGCGCCGUUUGCCUGUACGAGUUCGAGGGGGCGGAGGAGAUCCGGUGGCUAACGAAUUGCAAGCACAUAUUCCACCGGAGGUGUCUGGACCGUUGGAUGGAUCAUGAUCACGACACGUGUCCUCUUUGUAGAACGCCGUUUGUGCCCGAUGGGAUGAUGGAUGAAUUUAAUCAACGGCUGUGGGCUGCCUCCGGUGUCGCCGAGACUUUCGAGACGGACUUUAACUCCGUUUUAGGAUAGAACCUUUUUCUUUCUUUUGUUUUCCAUUAUUCUUUUUCUUCUUUUUCACUUUCUUUUUUUCUUUUUUUUUUAAGGAAGAGUUUUUCAAACUGUAUAUAAUAAUUAUAAAUCUAUAAUGUGUAUAUUACAUAUAUAUAUAUAUAAUAUAUAUAUAUAUAUA